CUUUCAAUGAGUUCUUUCUCAAUUGAAUUACUGUUAAUGUUGCAUUCUGGCACUUUGAAAAAUCUUCGGCGAUCUCUUUUUUUUCAUCAGUCAAAAGUCGUGCUUUUUCUUUUCCUUGCAAACGAUAGAGUUGGGCCAACGUUUCCUUAAUUUCGACAGAGGUAUUGUCAAUAAUUUUAUUGGUUUUUGCUAUUACUGGUUAAUACGGACCUAUAGUUACGAAACUAAUCUCUUUCUUGUUAUUGCAGUUUCGAAAUUCACAAGCAAGGACGUCCCAAGCAAGCGAUUCGUAGCCGACCCUCCGAGGUCACUGAACGAGUCAAUUGCAAACAUCAAGGCGUACGCCACAAAGCUCGUGGACGACGACCGCAACGGUGAUAUCGAGGACGGUCAGAGACAGGGCUGGAAGCUGCUCGAGGUCCUGUUUCAAAUUGAGUUCUACGAGCUCACAGGGGCCACUCCACCCUUGGCUUUGCAAAAGGCAAAGCCUAAAUCCAAGUGGGAGAUCGCAAAAGCGGAGAAGUUUGAGAAAGAGGCCUUGGCCCUCUUGACUUCAGAACAGAGAGCUAAGUUCGACGAGGACGAAGCCCUCAUUCGGAGAGACAAAGAGGCGCAGAACGCUCUACGACAGGAGGUUCGCGCGGCCAAAAAGAGGAAGUGGGACGCAGUGGAAGAGGCAAAGAUACGCCUGGUAGAGAAGGAAGCGAAAGACAAGCGAGAGGCGUACGAGCGUUCUAAACUUCGUAGGGUUGAUCCUCCAGCCUGUCAGGUUAACACGGCAGCCCCAGUCACGGUUCCGUUUGUUACACCAAGCGGAGACCCGGUUCUACCAGGACACUCCUACCACAACCUGUGGACGGCCAUCACCACAAAGACAUUCCCUAUCCGGAAUAUAUAUUCAGAUCAACAGUUUUUAUAUUCGUUUUAGCUGAUCAAAUGUGAUCAUUAUGGGGAUUCCUCUGUUUUAUCAGUGGCUCGUAAAAAAAUACCCCUUUAUUGUCAAGUAUAUAAAUCCAGUGGAGGUAAGUUACAAACACAAAGGCUUCUUUGUUUAUAAAGGGUCACUUAGAUCUGAAACAUCAAAUUCAUUUUGAUAGGUUACCCCUUUAUCGACGUGAGCCAAUAAAAGUUUUCAACUUCUUCCGAAGUGUGGCCGAUGUUGCAUCCCCCAAACGUCAACACUACAAUAUGAAAGAUUUUUCUCACUUUGAAGGUCUAUCUGGAACGGUUUUCCUUUCUAGGCAUUGCGUUGAGGCUGGGUGUACAAUUGAAACUCCGGUGCAAGGGUUAGAGCCGAUUUUUGACUGCCACGUUGUUUGUCUAAGCUAUCAAAACUCACAACAGAACGAUGAACCUUGCAUGGACCAAGUGAUUCAGAGAGCAGCCCCAGGCAAAAAAGAAGAAAGAAAUCGAGACCUACACCCAGUACUCAGUACCUACACUCACCAACACUCCUGGUACUCAGAUGCUCAGCGCCAAGAUGUUCGACGAACGGAUGCCAAACGUCCGGUAGCCGAACUUCCGCUCGCCCAACGUCCGGUAGCCCAACGUCCGGUUGCCGAACGCCCGUUCGACCAACGUCCGGUAGCCAAACUCCCGUUUGUACACGCCCAACGUCCGGUAACCGAAAACUCGUCCGCCCAUCGUCCGGUAGCCGAACGUCCGUCCGCCCAACGUCCGUCCGCCCAACGUCCGUCCGCCCAACGUCCGGUAGCCCAACGUCCGGUAACCGAAAAUCCGUCCGCCCAUCGUCCGGUAGCCGAACGUCCGUUCGCCCAACGUCCGGUUGCCGAACGCCCGUUCGUACACGCCCAACGUACGGUAACCGAAAACCCGUCCGCCCAUCGUCCGGUAGUCGAACGUCUGUCCGCCCAACGUCCUGUAGCCGAACGUCCGUUUGCCCAACGUCCGGUAGCCCAACGUCCGGUAACCGAAAACCCGUCCUCCCAUCAUCCGGUAGCCGAACGUCCGUUCGCCCAACGUACGGUAGCCGAACGUCCGUCCGCCCAACGCCCGUUCACCCAACGUCCGGUUGCCAAACGAUCGGAUGCUCAUCACGAAGAUGUUCAAGACCCAGAUGUUCGACGCCAUGAUAUUCGACGCCCUGAAAUGGGAAGAGCUCGAUUACCAGGCAAAUACCCAGAACCAUUCCAAAGAUAA